ACUGGCUGGCUCAGCCCUGGGCAGGACGGGGCUGAACGUGCAGCUGCUUUGCAGCCUCUGGCAAGCUCUAGAAAAGCCACUCCUUCCUUCACCUGUGGAGUGCUCGCUAGCUCCGAGCCAGGCAAAGGGCUGCCUCGCAUCUCUCCUUCCAGCCUCCCUGCUCACGGGUCCCAGCUCAUGCUUUGCGCCUGAUCCCUGUUGCUCCGUGGCAUUUGCAAUGGCCGAGGACAAAACUUUCCGCUAUGGACUCAUAAUGCUGGGCUUCUUCCUGGUGAUGAUUGGGAUGUUUAUCAUGAGCACAGACAAGCCCCAGGUCUACAUCACCUUCUGCACCCUGGGGGUCCUGAUCAUAGCCGUGGGGAUCACCUGGAGCAUGUGUCAGUGCUACCCCAAGGUAACCUUUGCUCCCAUAGAUGCUGAGGCUGAGAAGUUCGUGUCCCACAAGCCUGCUGUUUUGAUAGAAAACGAAAUUUCAGAGAAGAACUGGUAUGUCUGCAAGAGCUCCCAAACUCCCUACACCAGCCAGGAGGAAGCCAAAGUCUAUGAGAAGAGCCUGCCAUCUUAUGACCAGAUCCAAAUGAAAACAGAAGGGUCUGCAGAAGACCAGGAGGUUCAAUGUGCCCCAGCCCCGUCUGGGUCCGAGCUCAGGACAGGAGCACAUACCCAGCCCACGGUACAAGCCAAAGCAGAAGUCCACAGAGACUCAGGGAGCGAUGGAAAAACCUACAAAGACCCAGCAGCUCAGAUGGAAACAGCAAUGGCCAGCCGCCAACUGGAGAAGCCCCGCGGUGAGGCACCACUGGCUUCCUUCCAGGAAGACACCGAGCUUUCCUCUUCCGAGGGCUCACCCUCCAGCCACCUGUCUCUGCAGGGAUGUGGUAGCUCACAGAGGGAUCAGCCCCCAUCGCAGUGUCCGACCAAGAAACCCAGUGCUGAGCUGCCUUCCUAUGAAGAUUUUGCCUCGAUUGAUUCAUCUGUGGGAGAAGGGCAGGAGCCAGGCCAGGAACACCCAGUGACCCCAGCACAGAGCCACCCAUCUUCUAUUCCCCCACCAAGAGGUUGUGCAGGGGUAGCAGAUCCUGUCUCAAAGCUGUCGGGGCCAAGAGUGAUCCAGAGCACGGAAGAGGAGGAUGAUCUGUAUUACGGGGUAAAAGAGGGGCUGGAUGGUUUACUUAUGGCUGAUGAUGAUUCCAUCUUUGAGCCUGAGACCUAACCGCUGAGGGACCAUCGGAGAUGGACCCAUGUUGCAAAACUCAAGGGCUGGUCCAUAUCCCAGUCCAGCUCCAUUCACAUCUAGGAAUCUGGUUCGGGGAGCUGGGUGGUGAAAGCCACCUGCAAAGUCUGGAGUGUGUGACUGGGGGGGAAGAGGGCCUGGGUCAGGCUUGACUCCAUUAAAAUGUUUUCAGUAACCUUCUGGUGUGUUAAGGGAAAUCUGUUGUGUUUUGACAUUAAAAAAGACCAGGUAUGAUUCAUGCCUGAAAGCAGCCCGCUGUGCCACCAUCUGUACCAUGGAGCAGCUUGGAGAGAGCUGCAGGCCACAGGUCCUUGUCUCUGCAUCCCAGCUCACCCCCUGAGCGUACUUAGCUCCUCACCCAAAGGCUGCCCUCCUCCGUAAAUGCACCAGGUGACUGGGAGCCUCCAGAUACCAAUGGGAAGUGUGGAGUGAAUGCACUGAAAGUGUCACCUUUCCUAGAACAUAGGAAGGGACCCCAGGAGAUGAUCUACUCCAGCUGCCUGCUCAAGGCAGGAUCAUCCCUGACCAGACCACUCCAGUCAAGUGUCUGCCCAACCUGCGCUUGACCGUUUUGAGGGAUUUCACAACGUCUUUAGGUAGCCUAUUCCAAUGUUUGACCACCCUCGUAUUUAGAAAGCUCUUCCUAAUCUCCAACCUACGUUUCUUCUGCUGCAUUUUGAAGCCAUUGCUCCUAGUCCCAUCACAACCACAGAGGAAAGUCCAUUUCCAUCCUCUUUAUAAUUUCUCUGGGCGUAUUUGAAGACUAUUACCAGAUCCCACCUCAACUUUCUCUUCUCCAGACUAAAUAACCCCAGUUCUUUCCACCUUUCCUCUUAAGUCUUGCCUCCCAGGCCCCUAUUCAUUCUUGUUGCUUUGCACUGGACUCUUUCCAAACUGUCCACAACUUUUCUGAAAUGUGGGGGACCCAAAGCUGGACACAGGACUCCAGGGGAGGCCUCACCAGUGUCUUUGCAGAAGGGCAAUGGUAACUGGGCCACUGGCACUGCACUGAUCAGGUCCAGACCCUAAUUGGCGCAGGCCCACAGCCCACAACCCGACACAAAGACAGCGACUGACCCUUCCGCUAUGUGACUGCAGCCUGGGUGAAAAUGUAGGCCCUAAAAUCUUAGAAACAAAAUGAUUUAUCUUCUUUAUUUGCCUUCCCUCAGCCCCCCCCCCCCCCCAAAAUGGAU